GCGGUCAGAUGCGCCGAAUGCGUUCACUCCCUCCAAUCGUUCAUUUGCUCCCCUCGGCCUCAGUCAUUCGGCGGCACCCGUCGUGUGUAGACGUGUCGCGUGUCCCUUUCAUCCGCGCGUAUUCACCGACGAAUUUAAAACUCCCGUUCUGUUUCCACGUGUGAUACCCAAAAGGGUGCGUCAAAAACUAACUGGGAUACCCGUUUUUAUUUAUAUUGUUCUUCUCGAGUGUAUAAAAAAAAUGUGAUGUGCUCAGUCAGCGUGCUAUUCUGUGUAUGAUUUACGUUGCAACUAAUGUGUUGAAUUGGAAACAAUUUUGGUGUCUUUGCUUUGAUAAUCUGGAUUCCUUUCUGAAAAGUUAACGCAGUGAUGACAGUCUUAUGGGACAAAAGGCAACUCUCCUGAUCUAUGCGUUUAAGUAGAGUUUCAUGGGACGAGAGUGCAGUCGACGGAUAUUAUAAGACUGAUGCAGGCACUUCGCGGAAGUACAAAAAUACUCCUUUUACGUCAAUGGACACAAUAAGAAAUUUGCAGAAUCAGUUCAGAACGGACCUCGGAAUACCUACGAUGGCGCCACAGUACUCGAGUCGUCGCAUCGCGGGUUACGUCACACCUAACUUAUAUUUGGUUUUGCUGAUAUGCCUGGAACUGCUCGCCUGGCGAGGCGGGGCGUCAGCGCUCGCCAACUGCCCAGCCGGCUGCAACUGCAACGACGACACUCUCGUCGUGGUCUGCGAGGAGAGCCGUCUCGACGUCCUCCCCAUCGCCCUCAACCCCUCCAUACAGCGCCUCAUCAUCAGGAAUAACAAGAUCAAAACCAUCGACAGCUCCAUGCAGUUCUACGCGGAGCUACAACACUUAGAUCUCUCACAGAAUCAUCUCGUGAACAUACCCACAAAAAGUUUUGCAUAUCAACGGAAAUUACAAGAAUUACACCUCAACCACAACAAGCUAUCAUCAGUCGCAAACACGACAUUCCAAGGCUUGAACUCUUUAACCGUGCUUAAUUUAAAACGUAAUUUCCUAGAAGAACUUACCAAUGGAGUAUUUUCCACUCUGCCAAGAUUAGAGGAAUUAAAUUUAGGACAGAAUAGGAUCCAGAGAAUAGAACCGAGAGCAUUCGCUGGACUGUCAGCCCUAAGGAUUCUCUAUUUGGAUGACAACCAGUUAAGUUCAGUCCCAACGAUAUCCUUCAGUCUCUUGGGAAGUCUUGCAGAACUGCAUGUCGGGUUGAAUGCUUUCUCCUCGCUGCCAGACGAUGCCUUCGCAGGUCUCAACAGACUAGCAGUGUUAGACUUGAAUGGAGCUGGACUCUCAAACAUAAGUGACAAUGCCUUCAGAGGUCUCCCGGGAUUAAGAAGCCUUAACCUCUACGGAAACCGAUUAGGCGUCGUUCCCACUCAACAAUUAUCUGGCUUGACUAGGCUAGAAGAAUUGAAUAUAGGCCAAAAUGAUUUCAUAGUUUUGGAAAGCCAUUCGUUCAAGGGUCUGAAAAAUCUGAAACUUCUAGAUAUAUCGGGCGCGGCCCAAUUAGAAAGAAUCGAGAAGGGUGCUUUCGAAGAUAAUAUAAAUCUCGAGACUGUGGUUUUAACCAAUAACAAAAAAUUGUCGAUCAUCGAAGACUGUUCCCUGCUGGGUUUGCCAAAGCUACGACACUUGACGUUAAGGGAUAAUGCUAUCGUAACAUUGAGCGAAACAGUCUUCAUAGGUAAAGAAUUGAAACUACUGGACUUGACUGACAAUCCUAUCUUCUGCGACUGCCACAUACUGUGGCUACAACAACUCCUUAGAGAUAAGAGCAAUUUCACUCAGGUGCAAUGCGCCAGCCCCGAACAUCUGAAGGAUAAGAAUUUAAGAAUGUUGAAUGCGGACGACCUGGGCUGCGUCUUGCACGACACGGGAAGGCAGACCAUCAUCUGCAUAAUCGUGGUGGCCUGCGUGGCUUCGAUAGCGACUUUAGUUUUAAUAGUGUACAGAUAUCGAAAGAGCAUGCAGGAGAAGCUAAAGGAUUAUAAAUGGAACAAGGGGCGUAAGAACCUAGAGUACCACAAGCCGAUUUCGACGGAGGAGGACUGCAUACUAGAGCUGUACGCCUCCCCGAGCGUGUUCUUCAUGUCGGGCGGCCCGGGCUCCGCGCGCCGGCCGCCGCGCUCGGGGGGCGGCGGCACCAUGCCCGCCAACGGCUUCACGUACAUCGGCGGCGAGCGCGCGCCGCCCGUGCUCAACAACGGCGCGCCCGCGCACCACCUCAACAACGGCUCGCUGCGCUCCCUGCCCGACAAGAAGAACAACCGCAACGGCGUCGUGUGCCACCCGGAGAACUUCCAGCGCAACCUCGACUCGCGCUACUCGCGCAAGCAGGAGAACGACUACCUGCGCAACUCGGAGACGGUGAUCGGCUUCCCGCGCGACCGCGAGCGCGAGCGCGAGCGGCAGUACGAGCGCGAGACGCCGGACUACAGCGAGCCCGAGUACUCCAUCAUCCCCGAGGGCGGCUACGCGGAGUUCCCGCGCUCGUGCAGCCACGCCAACACGUUCAACUGUUGAGUGCGCGCUGGCCACUUACGAACUCCUUCAAACGUUUGUGAUCUUGUAAUUCUAGCAAUAAAUCUUCAUUCCAUUAUUUUUUCCUACGGACAGACUUUCGCGAUGGACGUAGUGCUCUAGUACAUUAGUGUUUCGGGUCCGGUGUACGUUCGACCAGUGAGGACUAUCCUAUAUCGUAUUCGGUUUAAGAGAGUACCUUAUUUGUAAAUUAUAAUAUUAAGUAGUUAUGGAUCUAUUUUUCAAUGAGAUGAGGGGAGUGUUUGAAAGUGUGACUUUCAUAUUAUGUAAGGUUGAUUCGUAUCAUCGUGUCGCUUUUAUAAAACAAAAUCUAUUUAUUCAUGUUUCCGGUGAUCGUAACUAUUAACCAGUUAAUUACUUGUAACAAUUUGUCAUAAUAUAACAUCAUUAACAACGAAAGAGCAUGUCGACUACGAACUGGCAACAUGUCUUAUCUCAGUUUUUUUCGAUUUUACUUUAUGCUAUUUGCAGUGUCAAAGUUCAAUACAGUUUGUCUGGAACAAAAAGAAGAAACACGUGCACUAGCGAGGCUUCACCUAUACUAGUAACCGUAUAUUAGGUACAAUAAUAAUCACUACUUAACUGAAUGAAAUGAGUUUUAUGCUUUGUUCUGUUUUGUUAAAAUUGAGAUAGCCAUUUUGAUUUUGAUAAAUUGAGGUUGCCAGUUCAUAGUCCAUAUAUUAUGAUGAUGCGAAGCGACCACAAUUCGUACAAUGUACAGGCUAGUCGAGUUAAGUUUAACGAGGGAGGCUGUGAGAUCAGAUCACUCCCCAAUAUAAUAUUAGGUACGAUUCUACAUAAUUUUAUAUUAUACCUUGUGAUUCGCGAUUUCUUCUACCGCUGUGGUGGAAUUUGUAUUUUGAUUUUGUACAAAAACCAUUCCAUAAGUCUUUUUAAUGUCUUUAUUUAUAGGAGACUAAAUUAAGUGUGCAUUAAAUAAGACACCAAUAUAAGAAGAAAUAUUAGUGAUUAAAGAAUGUAAAUAUAUUUAUAAUAAUAUUAUAUUGAGAUAUUUAUAAAAUUUAAUACGAUUUUG